UCAAAAAGCAAUGACAGCUGUUUACAGGUCUUGAAUAACUUUUUCACGAUAUCUGUUAACGCGAAAUUUUAUGUGAAGUAAAUAAUUAAUAAAUUGAAAAUUCAGUGUAUACACUGUAGCGCAUCAUAAGGAAAUAUAAUGUCGCACUACAGUGAUGCUGAAGAUUCUAUUAAAGAUAUACAAGAUUUAGAUAUUGGAAUUAGGAAGAGGAAAUUAAUAGGAUGGGAUCUUGAGUCGGAAUCAAUUGCUUCCGAAAUAAAGGAUCUUUUAGAGGAGGAUGUUAAUUCUUUGGUGGAGGAGGACUGCGUUGGAUGUCCUUUACCGUCCACUCCUGAGGAUGAAAAUAUUUUGGAUACCGAGAUGAGUGACGUAUUAAAAGCUGCAGUCUUAGGUACAGAAGUACUGCUAUUAAAUGCGGAAGCUAUGGGUGAUGAGCUGGACAUCACGGCGCUCGCUCAUAAUGCCGCCUCUCAAGCCGAACAUGUCGUUCGUAAAAUGAUACAAGCGGGAUGGUCAGUUUGUCAUUUUAGAAACUUACCCGCUUGGUUGCAGGAUAACGACUUCCUCAUUUUUGGUCACAGACCGCCAUUACCCAGUUUCCGAGCAUGUUUUAAAAGCAUUUUCAGACUACAUACCGAAACUGCUAAUAUAUGGACGCAUUUGCUAGGCUGUGUGGCGUUCAUAGGUAUAGCAAUAUACUUCUUGAUGAGACCAAAUACUGAAAUCGAAAUUCAAGAAAAAGUUGUAUUCGGAGCAUUCUUCGCAGGAGCUAUUAUAUGUCUAGGAAUGUCGUUCAUGUUCCAUACAUUGAACUGUCACUCCCAGUUUGUAGGUAAAUUGUUUUCGAAGCUAGACUAUUGUGGAAUAGCUCUGUUGAUCAUGGGAUCUUUUGUGCCGUGGUUGUAUUACGGUUUUUACUGUCAUUUUAAACCAAAAGUAGUUUAUUUAUCGGUAGUAUGUGCUUUAGGCAUAACCAGUAUUAUGGUAAGUUUAUGGGAUAAAUUUUCUGAAUCUGGAUGGCGACCUUUCCGUGCUGGAGUAUUUAUGACGUUUGGAUUGAGCGGAAUUGUACCGGCUAUUCAUUACGGAAUUGUUGAAGGUUGGUUCAAUUACGUUAGUCAGAAAUAUCUUGGUUGGUUAGUAUUAAUGGGUAUGUUGUAUAUCGUGGGUGCAAUGUUCUACGCCCUUCGAGUUCCAGAAAGGUGGUUUCCGGGAAAAUGUGACAUCUGGUUCCAUUCUCAUCAGAUCUUUCACGUUUUCGUACUGGGCGGAGCUCUAGUACACUAUCACGGUAUAUCCGAAAUGGCUAUGCACAGAGUAACAAUAGGACAAUGUGAAAUACCGGAUACACCCAUAUAUUGAUAGGUAGCCUCUUGUUUUUAAUUAGAAAAAAAUUAUUAUAAAUGUUUUUUCCUUAUUUCAAUAAAACAGUAUAUUUCAUUUUUAUAUUGUUGAGAAUAAUCUGAUUGUUAUCGAUUAGAUAUAUCUGGAGCAUAUUUUAUCUAAUACACUUGACACCGGUUGUUUAUUUAUUUUUAAUGAUUAAUCUAUCAAAUUAUCUAAGUUCAAUGUAUAAUUUUUUUAAUUUAAGUUGCUGCUUUAAAAAGACCCCAACUUUAAUCAAGAAUUCCAAGGAAGAACUUCUAUUUCAUAAGUAUAUUAUCAGUGUAGGAAUAUUUUUUUGUAAUUUUGGGUCAUUAUAUUUCAAAAUACCUGUGUUUAUAUAUUAUAACAAAUUUGUACUAUUUAAUUAUCGGCACAAGCGAAAAUUGUCAUCAAAUGGCAUGACAAGUGCGCUUGAAAUGUUUAUGAUGAAUUUCUUUUUUUGGUUAAACCCCUUUAAAGAUUAUUUUGUUCAAAAUAUUUAUAUUAGUCCCGAUAGAAAGAUGGUUUAUUAUACCAACCAAAAAGCAAUCCUCCAUAUAUGAAAUUUAAGUUCAUUUUUGCAUACAUUCGAAGGAUUUGUAGCAGAUAAUGUUGAAUUUCAAUUGGGGGUAAAAAAUAAUUGAAAACCACACCCGAAAGAUUGAAAUACCCUUUCUUCAAACAGGGCCAAACAUCUUUCUGCUUGUCGUCGUCUUAAUCCAUGUCUCGCAUCCGUAUGUGACCACAGGACGGAUUAUUAUCUUGUAAAUGGUGAGCUUUGACCUCUAAACUUGAGCGCUCUCUGGACUGCCCAGAAGCAUUUCCUGCAACAACUCCCGUCUUGAUCUCCGUUGUCACGUCAUUAUCUUCAGUUAUCAACGCCCUGAGAUAUUCGGAUAACACCCAUCGGCAAUGUAAUUGUGAAUGUUGAGGUAGUUGUAUUAUAGCGUGUUCAGUUCACUUUGUUUAUAUUUUUAAGAUGGGGUAUUUUUUUAUUGUUUCCUAUCCCCUAACUGAAUUUCAACAUUUUCUAACUACUUUUUUUUUAAUCGCAAAUUUAUUACGCUAUAUUAAUGGAAUAAUUCUAUUAUUAUAUACCAUAAUGCUAUAGUUUCAUUAUUCAAAACAGAAAUAUUUUCUUCAAACCUCACUCGAGCUUUAUUUAUGUUGAUUGUUUUGUUAAUAUGUCUUCCUGGAUGUCCUAUAUCAAAUUUUUUCGAAUAACCAGAAGUUUGUCUUUAAAAAAACUUCUACUUCAUGUAGUAGUAACUCCACUUUUACUAAUAUGUUUUAAUAAGGUUGGUAUAAAAUAAUCUAUGAUACGUAGUAGGUCAAAUGUAUCAUUAUGUUGGUGUUAUGCCCAAGCAAUAGUUUUACAUUAAAUUAGUAGGCAUAAUGCACUAUUUUCUAACUUAAUUAAAAUGGUGUAUUCUAAUUAAUACUUCAAUGUUAUCGCAAUCAUAGGUUUUCAACUGGUUCUAGAGAUGACUAUCGGUAAACUGUCAGGUUUCUUUUGUUAAUUUCUUUUAGUCACGUCAAUGAAUACAUAAAACAGACAAUCUUUGGUCCUCAAGAACAGCUCUGAUUUCGAUGUUUUUUUUUAAUUUUGUUUUUUAUAUUCUUUAAAAUCAGAAACCGCUUGAAGUGGGGACAGAACUAAUUAUCUUGCUUAAACAAUAUCUGUGAUAUUUAUGUAUUUUGUUCCGAAGGUAUAGUUUUUAAUCGCGGGAAGGAUUGCCGGGGUUACAAUACUAAUUCCUCCAAGAUUAUGGAAAGUUCUGUAGGUACCAGUCAAAAUUGCGGUAAUCAAAUCUGCAUUGUCAAAAACAAACUGGACAAAUGGAUUAUUAUUUAGUACAGCAGAAUCUUGAUAAAGUGCUGAAGCUUCAUAUAAUUGUGCUUCAUGAUAAGAUGCACAGAAACCUAAAGCAUGACAUACGUCUAUGACUUUUCUGGAGUCAAAUUUUCUGUGUAAUGUUACACUCAAGCCAAUUUGAAGGGGUGAUAAAAAAGAACGUGGUCUCACAGCAGAUAUAAUUGCAUGUGCGAUUGUCGUUGUUUUUUUGUCGAGUUUAUUAUCGACAUUUUUUUCCCUCUUGUUCUUUCUUAUAAUUUCAUGAAGUAAUAACUUCAUUGAUUGAGGAAUUACA